AUGGGCCCCGGCGACAGGGGGCCUAAGACCACGGAAGACAGGUCCGCACCCGUGGAACCGACUGGCUUGAAGAAAUUCCUGAUGGACAAUGUGAUGCUGGUUGUGACUUUGGUUGGUGUUCUCACGGGUAUUGGUGUAGGUCUCGGUCUCCGACCAUACCAUUUAGGUCCAGAUGCAUUAGUAGUAAUAUCCUAUCCUGGAGAACUGUUCAUGAGACUUCUAAAGCUAAUGAUAUUGCCUUUGAUCAUAGCUAGUCUCAUCGCAGGAUCAGCAAGUUUAAAUGCUAAAAUGAGCGGUAAAAUCGCUGUGAGGACUCUGCUAUAUUUUAUUCUUACAUCUAUGUUUAACGCCUUUCUCGGGAUAGUAGUGGCUAUGUUGAUACAUCCUGGGAAGCCAGAAAUGAGAGAGGAUUACGGCCCAACUGUGGAAAACAAAAGAGAUCACAGCAUACUGGACAGUGUAUUAGAUAUUGGACGAAAUCUAUUUCCAGACAACAUAGUGCAGGCUGCAUUCCAGCAGGCGCAUACCGUAUAUACCGAACAAAUGCCAAUGUUUGCGAAGAAUGCUUCUGAGAAUGAUACAUUGCCUACUUUGGUACGAGUUGUAGCUUAUAGGUCCGGUACCAAUACAUUAGGACUAGUAUUCUUCUGUCUAGUAUUUGGAAGUCUACUUGGUACAUUAGGUGCUAAGGGUCAAGUUGUGAUAGACUUUUUUCAAGCAAUCUUUGAGGUCAUCAUGAAAAUGGUGACUGGUGUCAUGUGGUUCACGCCUUUGGGAGUUAGCAGUGUCAUUGCUGGCAAGAUUUUGGACGUUAACGAUGUCGCUCAAGUAAUGUCACAACUGGCAUGGUUCAUAGCAACAGUUGCCGUCGGUGUGUUCUUCUAUCAGCUAGUUAUAAUGCAGCUCAUAUACUUCAUGUUCUUACGGCGGAACCCUUACAAGUUUUAUUGGGGUCUCUCACACGCUAUGCUGACUGCAUCAGCAACAGCUUCCACUGCAGCAGCUCUACCGGUGACCUUCCGAGCAAUGGAAGGACCUCUCCAGAUCAACCCUCGCAUCACUCGAUUUGUUCUGCCAAUUGGCUGCAAUAUCAACAUGGACGGAACUGCUCUCUUCAUAGCUGUGGCCAGUGUUUUCGUCUGUCAAAUGAACAACUUGCCCCUUGGGUUCGCUCAACUAGCUACUAUAUUUCUAACUUCAACAGCUGCAUCCGUAUCAUCAGCAUCUGUUCCAUCAGCAGCAAUGGUGUUACUGCUAGUGGUAUUGGCGGCCGUGGAUGCUCCUACUCAUGAUGUGUCACUACUGUUUGCUGUGGACUGGCUUGUUGACCGCAUCCGAACGACCAACAACAUGCUGGGCGACUGCUACGCGGCGGCGGUGGUCGAACACUUGUCCAAGAACGAGCUCAUGGCUUGCGAAGCGCUCACUGCGGACUCCCUAAACGGCUUGACCCCGAACACUGACGUAGACAUCGGUAUCGUGACCCCCAGCAAAAAGUCCAUCCGAUCCGAUGAAGUAAUCAUUGAUGUGCAUUUACAAAACAAUCACAACCAUUCUAAUCAUAAUGAAAGGAUUUAG